ACAUACAGUGCGCAUUGUGAACGCCUACUCAUCGCCACCACCAAACUGCACACACAAACCACCUUCUUGCUUGCUUCGUCUUUGUCAUCGCUCCCUGCCUCUCGCCCAUCACAACAACAACAGCUGCUACGCAUCAUCAAUAUGAACGCCCAGGACAAGUGCAUCGAGUGCCAGGAGGUCGUCGGCACACGACGAUUCUGCACCAACUGCGGCAAGGAGAACCCAAAGUUCAAGGAAACGUCGUAUGACGAGACAGAGAACUCCAAAGUCAUCUUCACCCGCACCUUGUAUCCGUACUGCCUCCUGUCGUGCAUCGCCUGCUCACCAGUGAAGAUCAAGGUGACAACGAAGCGCAUUGACACGGCAUCUGGCUGCUGCUUUGGCAACGAGGACACACUUGACUUGCGCCGUGUCAAGGACAUUGGCUUUGACCGCUCCUGCUUCCAAAUGUGCAUCAACAGAGGAACCAUCACAAUCUGUGCGGCUGACGAGACACACUCUGAGUUGCGCGUGUCGUGCUUUGGUGCGAAGAAGGUCUUCAACGAGCUGCGAACCAUCUGGAACCAGACAAAGCUCGGCACUGUCGUCGAGUAAGCCGGGUGAUGCAACACACGCUCUCCGUGCAAUGCCGUGUUGUGCAGCAGUCUUGUGCUGUGACAAAGUGUGGCGUGGUGUUGUGGCUCGGCUGGUACUGCACACCAAACAUAACACAACACCAGCAUGCACGGCACCUUGCUCUGGAGCACAAGCUUCCAUAUUCUUUUGUUGUUUGGUUAGAUUACCACCACCCCCUCUCCUUCCUCCUCCUCGUCAUGCACCGUGAUAACGCGUGUUCAUGGCCACUUGCAUAUCUGGCCCUUCACUCCCCUGUUUCUGCUUGUGGUUCCGCUCGUAUUGCUGUUGUGUUGUUGUGUGUGUGUGUGUGUGUGUUUUUCAUCGGUUGCUAUCAUGGUUUCUCCUCUCCUGUACAUGCACACUCCUCUUCGUCGUCGUCCUUGUUGCUCUGAUUCACUCUCUAAACCGAUGCAAUGACAGA